UGGCUGACGGCCUUCAAUUACCUCAACUGCAAAAAUGAAACAGAAUUUAGAAACUGUAUUGUUCGGCUUGAAGGCCAGAAAAUCAGACACUACAAGAUUGAAGACAGAGGUAAUUUAAGAAACAUCCACAGCAGGGACAGGCCCAAGUUCUUUGAAAAGUAUCUCAGAGAUGUGAACCAUCUGUUCAAGAUUCAAGAUCGAGGAGAAGCAAUUGACUGGCUUCUUGGUUUAGCGGUUAGACUUGAAUAUGGAAAUAAUGCUGAAAAAUACAUGGACGUGGUACCUGAUAAUAUAAAAAAUGCUGACAAUGCAGCUAAAAAUGCAGAGCCAUUGAUCAAUUCCGAUGUAAAUAAUCUCGAUUUUAAGGCUGUUGUAAUGGCUUUGGCCAACCUUCUUCAGAUUCAGCGUCACGAUUACCUGAUAAAGCUUAAGGCAAUUCACAUUUUGGUACAGGAGCUCCUGAAAAAGGAUGCAGUUGCUAAAGCAAAUCAAAGAGGGCUUGCUGUUGCUUUAGACAAACAUAGUCUUGGUUUUGACACAAGAGAUGCAGUUCUGAACGAAGCUGCUCAAAUUCUGUGGUUGCUGCCUAUGGAAGAGCUCAGAGAGCUACAGACAAAAAUUCAUGAAGCCAUAGUAGCUGUUCAGGCAAUUAUUGCUGAUCCAAAGACAGACCACAGGCUGGGGAAAGUUGGAAGACAAAUAUUUUAUGAUUUCAGCUUCUCACCUACUUAG